UGUUGAUCAGUUACGCACACGACUCUGGACACGAUGCGCCUGGGAGCAGGAAGACCGUUGUAAAUUGGUUUAAGGGUCACUAGUUAGCCCCUGGUCCCAUCAGCACCAUAUGCUGCCGACACUUUCUACACUGACUCUCGAUUUUGUCAUGGUUCGCCCUAAAGCUUUCUAGGAGAAGGACAUAGCAAUGGAUGCUCCAAGUACCAAGGCCUAUGAAGCCUUUCACGUGCUGCCAAUCCUUGAUAACCUCCCGGGCCAUCAGCGAGUAGAGUCGCUCUGUUGCUGGCAGGGUUUCCUGCUUGUUGGGCUUCAUGACGGCACCAUUGUUCAGUGCGCGCCACAGCGCACCGGGAGUACUUGGCAGGUCGUCAAGGCACACCGCAGCCUCAACCGUAAGGCGGUUGUGCAGAUGGCGGCUGUACGGCAGGCCGCUCGGCCGCUGCUGCUGGUCCUGACGGAGGCGGGGAUCAACCUGCACACGCUGCCCGACAUGCAGCUCAAGUACCAGCCCAUGGGCUCGCGCGGCGCGUCACUGUUCGCCUGGAGCGAAGAGGGGCAGCUGCUGGCGGUGGCGGUGCGGCGCAAGGUUCUGUUGUACCAGCUUCGCGGCAGUGAGCUGCUUGAGGCGGGCGAGCGGGCCGCGCCUGACGCCGUGUUAGCCAUGCAGUGGGUGGGACCGGGGCUACUUCUGCUGGGGUUGCGGCGCCAGUACGUGCUCAUGAACACAGGCACAGGCGCCACCACCGACGUGACCACCCCCGGCUACGCGCCGCACCCCCUGGCGCAGCUCUGCCCGGGAGGCCAGGAGGUGCUGCUGGCGCGCGACAGCACCACCUACUUCUACGCCGCAGCGGAGGGGCGCUACAGCCGCCGCCGCCACCUCACCUGGUCCGACCCGCUGCAGGCUCUAACCGCAGUGGGGCACUACGCGGUGGCGCUCACCGCCGGCGGGGCGCUGGAGGUGCGCAGCCUGCGCCGGGUGGCGGAGGGGCAUGUCGUACAGCGGGUGCCGCUGGCGGAGGCGCCGGGACACGUUGCGCCGGCGGUGGCGGAGGACGGAGCGGUGUUUGUGGCGGCGAGGCUGGCGGCGGGCGCGGCCGGCGGCGCCACUGCUACCACCACCACUGCAGCUCCCAGCAGUACCGGCGGCGGCGGGGGCCCCACUGCUGCCUCAGCUGGCGGUGCUGCUGCGGUUGCUGCUGGCGGCGGCAGUAGCAUCUGCCGCCUGGUUCCGGUGCCGCUGGAGGUGCAGGCGCACACGCUUGCGGAGCUGGGAGAGUACGGAGAGGCCCUGGCCCUAGCGGCCUUGGUAGAGGACGAAAAGGAGGAGGAGGAGGAGGGGACGCAGGUGAAGCAGGCGGCAGAAGGAAGUGGAGAAGGGGCUGCGGAAGGAGAGGCCGCCGCCACCGCUGCUGUAGCGGAGGCGGGUGGCGGUGGUGGCGGAGGCGGCAGGGGGGUCAGCGGUGUCGGUGGCGGUCGGCGGGCGCUGCUGGAGGAGCGGCUGCGGCUGGCGUACGGGCACUACCUGUUCCAGGCGGGGGAGUACGACGAGGGAAUGGCACAGCUGGCCCUGUGCAAGUCCACCACUGCCCUCGUGCUCCUGCGGCUCUUCCCCUCCCUGGUCCCCGACAAGUUCAAGCACCUGCUGCCCCGGGAAGCUGCCGGCCAGCCGCUGCCCGUGGUUUCGGAGCCAAGCGGGGAGGCGUACGUCACCGCCGUGUCUCAGCUCCUGCCGUACAUCCUGAGUCACCGCACGCGCGCCAUGGCAGCGCUGGCUGCGGAGGAGGGAGGUGCGGACCAUGCUUCGGAGCAGCAACAACAGCAGCAGCAGGCGGCUAGGGGCGCUGGGGAGGAUGCGGAAGCUGCUGCGAACGGCACCAGCAGCAGCACCACCCCCGCACACGCAACCCCAGACACCCAUGCCAACGGCAGCGCCGCUAGUUCCGCCACGCAUGCCGCGCUCCCCUCCACACCCAACGGCGGCUACAAGGCACCGACUGCGGCUGCGGACGCCGAGGCUUCCCGCACCCCGGCC